AUGUUUCUAAGCGCGUAUAACUAUACGAUCGAGUAUAUAUUAAGCGCUGAUAACAGCGCUGACUAUUUGUCUCGCUCAAGUAUUUCGGAGGCGAGGCACGCGCCCGACACGGGUGCAGGCGCACUCGAUAAGUGCACUGCGGACGACUUCACUUCGAGCGACCGCGCGGCUUACGUGUGUUUUGUGGUCGACACGAGUUUACCGAUUACGGUUUCAGAACUACGAGAUGAAACAAAAAGGGACAAAAUUUUAUCUAAAGUAACCGAAUAUGUUAAACACGGUUGGCCUAAGAAAAUAAGUGAUUUGUACCUUAGGCCUUAUUUUUCAUGUAGAACGCAAUUCUCGGUUGAAAAUGGAUACUUAAUGAGAGGUCAUAAGGUCGUGAUUCCCGAAACGUUGUGUAAAAGGGUGUUAGCUGAGUUACACAAAACACAUCUGGGUAUCGUAAAAACCAAGGCCGAAGUUCGAUCCAGAUUUUGGUUUCCGGGCGUAGAUGAGGCCGUGGAGCAUAUGAUAGGGACAUGUGAGGUAUGCAUCAACCUGCGGCCAUCCCCUCCGCGCGUGCCGCCUGCCCCCUGGCCUCGGGCACACCACACUUUCACCCGCGUACGUAUGAAUUUCCGGGGUCCCAUAGCCGGUCGAAUGUAUUUAGUGGUCAUUGAUUCGUACUCUAAAUGGCCGGAGAUUUACGAUACAGCUAGUUCUACUUCCUCUGAUACAGUCAUUGAAAAGAUGUACAAAUUCAUGUCUAGGUUCGGCAUACCGCAAACGAUUGUAAGCGACAAUGGAACAGCGUUUACUUCACAAGAAUUUAAACGUUUCUGUGAAAUAAACAGGAUAUCACACAUUACGUCGCCACCGUAUCACCCGGCAAGUAACGGUCAAGCCUAA